UUAUCAUCAACAUCAUCAUCGUCAUCGUGGUGGUCGUCACAUUCAAAAACUAAAAAUCAAUUUCAUUUUUCUCGUCACCAGCCAUGGAUUUCUGGCAGAGAGCUCGAAGCUUCGCCGAGGAAGCCGCGAAGCGAUCUCAAGAACUGACCAUUGAAGCCGCUAAGCGAUCGCAGGAUUUCACGAUCGGUUCGUCGAAGCUCUCCGAAAUCGUAUCCGAGGCGUCGAAGCGAGCCGAUCAGAUCAAGGUGGAGGCGCUCAAGCGAGCCGACCAGAUCAAGGCUCAGAUUCCUCCAGCCGCCGCGCUAUCUUCUCUCGUUGAGGCUUCGUUGGAGACAACGGCGUCUACGGAGGCGGCGGCGGAGGACGAGGCCGCUGAUCUUGAGAAGUUUGGGGUUACGGAUGAGUUGAGAGAGUUUGUGAAGAGCAUUACGAUGAAUACAUUUCGGGAUUUUCCAUUAGAAGAUGAUUCAGAAAUGUCUGAUAUUCCCACAGUGUCAAAUGUUCGGCAAGAUCUUACGGCAUGGCAAGAAAGACAUGCCAAACUUGUUCUUUCGACAGUCAAGGAAACUUCAAAAUUAAGAUACGAGUUAUGCCCACGUGUGAUGAAAGAAAGGAAGUUCUGGAGGAUAUAUUUUAUUCUGGUUAAUAGUCAUGUGGCACCGUAUGAAAGGCGGUACAUGGAAGAGGCUAGGCUAAAAGCUGCUGAACAAGCGAAAGAUGAUAAAAAGAAGGAAGCUUCAACAAGUGGAACAACCUCUGAAACAGAAAGGGGGGGUAUAAACCAGAAAAGUAAAACCUCACCAACUUCUGAGCAGGACUUGGAUGUAUUCCUUCUUGGAGACCUCGGUGACAGUGAUGAUGGCCCAGAUGAUGGAGAUGGUGGGGGUUUUGAUGAUGAUUUCGACAAGAUCUAACUUGGAAGAUGGAAAGGAGAAAACAGCUGGUCUCACCAGUUGUUGCACUCAAUAGAUCAAUGUCAAUCAGAUUUCACAGAGGAGGAUAUAGUACUGCAAUCUAUGAAGAAAAUAAUUGAUUUGGGUGACCAAUGAUGAUCAAGCUAAUCUCCAAACUUGUUAGUUACUUUUACUUCUAUUCCUUAUUUGUUUCAUUCCAUUGUCUUUUUUGUAAUUCUUUUGCUCUCUUUGUUCCCCUUUCCUUCUCCUUAUAGGGCAAUGUGAAGAUGUCAACGACCAUCAGGCUUAGUUUAAACACAUUUUCUGUUUUUGCAUUUCAAUGUGUUUCUUUUUAGUAAAAAGAAAAAAAGAAAAUCAAUAUCAACAAUAAUUAAUUCUGGUUUUA